AUGAAGCGCGCUCAUUAUGACAUCAGCGACAGGGUGCCUUCCCCGCAGAUGCAGGAUGGGUCAGAUCACAUGAUUGACACUUCAAACGGAGCAACGAGGGGAGUAUCGAAGAGACUUCCAAAGGUUUCCAAGAAGAUACAAGCUUCAAAUUCAGAGUAUCAGCUGAGGGCAGUUUCAGGCACGGAAUGCCAACGACGAAAAAUCAAAUGCGACUUGAAAGAGGGCGGGGAAACAAUAUGCAGCAGAUGCCGAAAGCGAGGGUUUCAAUGUGUGGUUAACAAGAAUCUUCAGUCGAUUCUGGAGGAUGAUGGAGAAUGGAAGGCAAGGAUGGAGUAUACAUCAGGACAACUGCGAACAGCCGUGUCUGAAAUUCUGAGUAACUUAGCUCUACCCGCUUUGGAAACAUUCACUUCAAUCGUCCAAGAUCAAUCGUCACAGCAAUCCUAUUCUGUCAACCGUCAAGAAGACCUCCAUUCCGGGAUGCGUGCUUCAGCGCGCAGUCAAGAACAGGAAAGACGAACUAGUCAGAGUGCAACAAUGGCAAUGACAAGAGAAAAUUCCCAAGAGCGACCAGGGUUUGAGGAAGCUGGGAACGAUACCCUAAUUGCCGCACCCAUGGGGAGCCUCUACGAAGUCACUAAGCUCAGAAACUUGCGCAGCAAUCCACAUGGCUACUUCCAGCAAAGCACAGCUGCGCCUUUAGAGGACAAGGAUUUCAUUUCAAGUGGCGAAAUCGGCUUAGCCGAAGCAGAGGAAAUGUUCCAGAUAUUCGAGCGCUCUCUGAAUCAAUACCUCUGGGGUGGGAUUGUCCUUCUACACAAGGAUCUGCUUUCAGUUCGGCGGUCAUCCUCCUUGUUACUAGCAGCAAUUCUCACGGUGACAGCGCUCCAUAUUCCUGGAAAAACCUCCACAUUUGAUGUUUGCUACGCAGAAUUUCUCGACCUUGUCAGUGCCUCAAUGAUGGAUCGCUAUCAUACACUUGACGGAAUUAGAGGGCUGUGCAUCGGGGCAUUUUGGUUGUCGGAUGUCAGCUGGAAAUUAUCUGGCCACGCAGUGAGGAUUGCAACCGAGUUGAAUCUUCACCGAAGCUAUGCUCGAGCAAUCAAAGGCUCCCAAGAGCAUUUCGAAGGUGCUCGGCUGUGGUACCUUCUAUACGUCUGUGACCACCACUUCAGUAUUGCGUAUGGCAGACCACCUGUUAUCCAAGAUGACGCCUCAAUUGUCCAACACGAAAAGUUUCUGCAGUUGCCUGGGGCGACACAGGCGGACUUCAGACUUCACAGUCAGGUGGCAAUCUUUAUCAUUCUUACCCAGAUCUACAACGCUUUUGGACCUGAAGUAGAGGCUAAGCUAGAAGAAAAUGAUUUGGGUCGACUUCGGCAGUGGAACAUUGAAAUUGAUCGUUGGCGUGUUAGAUGGGAGCCUCAGCUAGCUCCCAAUACCCAUAUAUCAUCUUACCCCUCAAAAGGAGUAAACCUUCACUACCACUUCGCAAAACUGCAGCUCAACUCCCUUUCACUCCGUGGCUUCGAACAACUCUCCUCCCAAAACAUAUCCGCCGGCCGCCGCGAACAUGCAAACCUCGCCAUCUCCUGCGCCAUGUCAAUUUUGCAACUAGUUAUCGACGAGCCUGACAUCAGAGAUGCACUAAUUGGUGUACCGUUGUAUCUCCAUACAAUGAUUACCUAUGCUGCUGUUUUCCUUCUGAAAGUUCAACAGCAGUGGAAGGCGGCCCGUUUAGGCACAGAUAGUGUCCUUAUUCGCGAAAGUGUCGAACAUAUCAUCACGAUUUUCAGCAAAGAAGGCGCUAGUGAGCGCCAUUUAUCCUAUCAUAUAGCACGCGGUUUGAGGAGGAUGCUGGGGCGCCUGUCUCGGGAAGGACUAGCUGAUUUGAACCCACAAGAAAGGGCGGCACUGGGAUACUUUGACCAGUCGAAUGGUACCAAUGGAAUUCAGGAUGUGAACGUCGGGCAAGAUUUCGGUGCCAAUUAUGUAUCUCUGCCGCUGUAUGGGGACUCGCCCGAGAUGUUUGAUGAGAACUUUUUCCCAAUUGGGUUCUUCGAUGUUACUAACGCUGGGCCCUGGCAGUGGCAACCUGGAACUAUGUAGAAAAGCCUCUCACCGUCUUAAAAGUAUGAAUACUCAACGUUCCAAUCGGAAUUAGAUUUUAAAUUUUG